AUGGCUGCUCUUUUUGGAGUGCACGUUGGUAAUUCUUCUGCUUGUAUAGCUAUUUAUAAAGAUGUAGAACGAUCAGACAUAGUUGCAAAUGAUGCCGGAGAUAGAAUAACUCCGACAAUUUUACAAUGGACUCCUAAUGGGUGUACAAUAGGAAGAACUGCACAGCUUGAAUUAUUUAGAAAUGGUGGAAACACAAUAGUUAGAAACAAACAGCUUUGCAACAGUAACAUAGAUGAUGAUGAAUUAAACUAUUUAAAAACUCAAGUACCUUAUAAAAUUCAAACUCACAAUUCCGAAUUAAAAUAUGAAAUUUUGUACGAAGGAAAACAAUAUCAUGUUUCUCCAAAAGAAGUAGCAAUAUCGAUAUUCAAAAAAAUCCUCUCCAUUGCACAAUCAGCAGUAGGCGUAAAUACUGAAAUAAAAGUCGUCGUUUCAGUACCACUUUAUUAUUCUCCAAAAUCAAUUCAAGUUAUUAAAAAUGUUGCCAACAAAGCAGGAUUUAAUGUUUUGCAAAUAGUCGAUGAAGCAUCUGUGGCAGCUUUAGGAUGUGGCCUUGGUUUAGAUAUAAAAGAACCUCCUUACUACUGCUUAGUCUACAGAGUGGGAGGAUAUUCAAUAGAUGCGACAAUACUUUUAAUUCAAGAUGGAAUGUUUUUAGUAAAUGGAUAUUCUCAUAAACAUAAUUUAGGAGGUAAUUCUUUCACUGAAAAACUAUCAGAAUUUUUAGCUAACGAAUUUAAAAGACAAUAUAGAACGGUAGAAAUAUCUGAAAGGGGAAAAUACAAAUUGAAUUCUGCAGCAGAAGUAGCAAAGCAAGUAUUAUCUAUUCAAAAUGUGGCACAAUGCAGUUGCGAAAGUGUAGGAGGUGGAUAUGAUUUUAAUUGUUCGAUAUCGAGACCUCGCUUUGAAAGUUUGAUAUCUCCCCUGAUACCCGAAAUCAUUGAACCAAUUAUGGACGUCCUAAAGAAAAGUGGUCUUAAUAGCGAAAAUAUUAAGAAGGUAGUAACAUGUGGGGGGUGUUUGAAAACUCCCAAACUACAGGAUACCGUUCAAAAAAUGUUUCCCUCAUCCGAGGUUAUCAAUUCGAGUCCUGAUGAAAUUAUAGCACUGGGAGCCGCUAAACAAGCCGGUUACCUAACAGGAUACGAAUUUACAUUUGAUUCAUUAAGUAUAGACACGCCGCUACUAUCGACAUCAUUAUUACUUAGGGUCAGUUAA